CUCAAUCAUAUUCUUCUUCUUUAUUUCUCCAGUUAAUGCAGAUGGGGUACUGGAGGCUUCAACCAUCAUCUCAUCUACCCUCCAUAAGCUGCUCCUACUUCCUCCUCUUCAUAUUCUUCAAUUCCCAAUUCCCAAUCUCCACUUGUUUCUCUCCGUUCCUCCCCUUCUCCUCCUCAAUUAAUCACUCUUCUUCUUCUUCUUCUUCUUCUUCUUCUUCUCCUCCUCCUUUCGGUGCACGCAUAUUAUGCCCUCAGGAUGAGAAUGCUGCUUUGCUCCAAUUUAACCGAUUGUUUUUCAUUGAUGUGCAUGCUUCUCAGGAAUGUGAAGAUUCUGGUCAGAAUUCAUACCCAAAGACGAGGUCUUGGAAGGAGGGUAGUGAUUGCUGCAACUGGUUCGGAGUCACCUGUGAUUGGGUCACCGGUCACGUCGUUGGCCUCGACCUUAGCUGCAGCCAGCUUUCUCUUAAGGGUACCGUCUUCCCCAGUCCUAAUAGUAGUAGCAACAGCACCUCCCUCUUCUCCCUUCACCAUCUCCGCAGCCUCAAUCUCGCCCACAACGACUUCAAUUGGUCUCCUGUCUCAGCCGAGUUUGGGCUCCAACUUACCAGUUUGACCCAUCUUAACCUCUCCCACUCUGUAUUUGCAGGCCCCAUUCCCACCGAACUAUCCCACCUUUCCAAAUUGAUUUCCCUUGAUCUCUCUUCCAAUGCUUUACUGAGAUAUGAACCUCAAAGCUUCAAAAGGCUCCUUCACAAUCUGACUGAAAUCAGAGAGCUAUUUCUUGCCGGAGUUGACAUGUCUGGAGUUACCCCUGUUAAUUCCUUCGUGAAUCUAUCUUCUUCUCUCACAUCUCUCAGUCUCCGGAAAUGUGAACUGCAAGGAGAACUCCCAAUUAGCCAUAAUAUUCUCAGCCUACCAAACCUAGCGAAGCUCGAUCUUUCCAAUAACCCAUCCCUCACCGGUCAUCUUCCAGAUGUUGUUUACAACACCAGUUCCCUCGUUUGGUUGGAUCUGUCUUAUACUGGAUUUUUCGGAGAAUUGCGCAAUCUUAAGUCCCUAAAGUAUCUAAGUAUCUCCAGCUGCAACUUCUCUCGUGCAAUUCUUUCGUCCCUUGGUCCUAGCCUUAACCAACUCACCCAAUUGUAUCUUGCAAAUAACAAUUUGAGUGCUGGAUUCCCAUCAUUAAUAUCCAACCUGUCACAGCUCCAAGUACUUGACUUCUCUUAUAAUAACCUAGGGUGUCUUCUUCCUUCUCAACCAAUUAUGUACUUUUCACAUCUCACAGUGCUCGAUUUAUUUGGUAACUCUCUCUACGGCAAAAUACCAUCUUGGUUGUUUGCUCUACCAUCCUUGCAACGGUUAGAUCUGAGUUGGAAUCAACUUACUGGUCCCAUUCCUAAGUUUCAAUCUUUUUCAUUUGUGAGGAUAGAUUUAUCACACAACAAGCUCUAUGGUCCCAUCCCAAACUCAAUCCUCAAGCUCCUCAACCUAAUAUAUCUUGAUCUUUCAUCAAAUAAUUUAGGUGGCAUCUUAGAGCUCAAAUUUUUCUCUAUCUUGAAAAACCUCGAGUUUCUUAGUAUUUCAAACAACAAUUUGUCAUUGACUGAAACUGACAACAUCAACCUUUCCUUCCCCAAUUUGACUGAACUACGUUUGUCCUCUUGCAACAUAAGGAAAUUUCCAAAUCUAAGAGGCUUAAAGAACCUAAAAUAUUUGGACCUAUCUACUAACAAAAUCGCUGGAGAGAUCCCGAAAUGGGCAUUCAACAUGUGGAGUAAUUCACUGACCCUUUUAAAUCUUUCUCAUAACUUUUUGACACGUGUAGAUAAACUUCCUUGGAAGAAUUUAUGGUUCCUUGAUUUUCAAACCAACAUGAUUCAAGGAUCAUUCCUAAUUCCACCAUCCUCCAUGGAAUACUUUUUUAUCUCAAAUAAUCAACUAACAGGAGAUAUUCCUUCUUUGAUUUGUAAUGCAAGCUCCCUUAGAGUCCUCAAUUUAUCCAACAACAGCUUGGGUGGCAUGAUUCCACCAUGUUUGGGAAACUUUAGUCAUUUUCUUUCAGUUUUAGAUCUUCGUAUGAAUCAAUUUAAGGGUACCAUUCCUGACACUUUUGCAAAGGGCAGCACCUUAAGAAAUCUUGGCCUGAGUAGCAAUCAACUAGAAGGAAAAUUGCCGCAAUCUUUGGUCAAUUGUAUGGAGUUGGAAGUUCUAGACCUUGCAAACAACAAAAUAGUUGACACGUUCCCCUAUUGGUUGGGAAGCCUCCCAAAGUUGCAUGUCCUUAUCUUGCGGUCCAACAAAUUUCAUGGCCCCAUAGGGUCCAUAGGGAGCAGUUCGAAGACUCAAUUUUCCUUAUCCGAGUUGUGCGUCGUUGACUUGUCUUCAAAUAAUUUUAGUGGUAAUUUGCCAUUAAAGCAUUUUGAAAGCUGGAAAGGCAUGAUGAAUGUGGAUGAAUCUAAAUACAAAUUGCAAUAUAUAAGUACAAAUGCUUAUUAUCAAGAUUCCAUGGUGCUAACGAUGAAAGGUUCUGAUUUUCGCAUGGAGAAAAUUCUGACAAUCUUCACAAUGAUUGAUAUGUCAAAUAAUAGUUUCAAUGGGAAGAUUCCAAAGUCAAUUGGAAAGCUUAAAUCACUUCGAGGACUCAACUUUUCACACAAUAGUCUUACAGGUGAUAUUCCAAUGUCACUGGGAAAUUUGACAACACUUGAAUGGUUGGAUUUAUCUUCAAACAACCUUGGCGGUGAGAUUCCUAAGCAAUUGGCAAGUUUGUCAACUUUAGGAGUCUUAAACCUCUCCCAAAACCAACUGUUUGGGCCCAUACCUCGAAGCACCCAAUUUGAUACAUUUUCAAACUCUUCAUAUUCUGGAAACUUGGGAUUGUGCGGGUUUCCACUAUCGAAAACUUGCAGAAAUGAUAAUGCGACAACACCAACAUCUUUUAUGUUCCAACAAGAUGAUGACUCACACUCUGUAAGUGGAUCCUUUUGGGAAGCGGCAUUGAUUGGAUAUGGUUUUGGAAUUGUGUUUGGAUUGGUUGCUGGGUUUUUUAUGUUUUUAACUGGAAAACCUAAUUGGUUCGUUCACAUCAUUGAGGGGGUUGAAAAGAAGAAGGUGAAAAGAUUGAGGAGAAGUGGUUGCAAGUAGGGACUAAGAAGAAUUUCAUUUUGAAUGUUUUUAACUAGUGAGUGAUGCAAACCUUAAUAUAUAUAUCUUGCACUAUUUAAUUAUCGGGCUAUAUAUGCAAUAUGUUUCUUGAAGAUAGUAUGUAAUUCAAGCUUGUCUUAA